CGCUCCUCUCUCGCAAGCGGCGCACUCACAGGUGAAAGCUUAUUCGCGGUGCGAGCAAGAGGCGGCCAGUGAGGUGCUGGCCAGCAGUCAUCAUGUCUCCGAACGAACAACCCCCCAAGAGCGAGUCGCCCACAUCUCGUACGUGAACAGACACGGCUUCCUCCUCGGUCAUGCCCGAUCAGUAGGAUUGCGGUGAUGAUGUUGAUCCCAUGGCCUCGAGCUCACCUCACAACGUGCGAUCAUCAGUGCUCGCCAACAAUGCCAAACUACGAUUGCCCGCCACCACCGACCCGCCCAGCGACACGAACCCAGCAGUGCAGAAAACAUGGCUGAUCUUUGGUGCGACGGGGCAUAUUGGACGGAGUUUGGUCAAGAGCGCGUUGAGCCAUGGAGACAAGGUAACGGCUGUGGGGAGGACGGGUGAGAAUAGCAUGCAGCAGAUGCAAGGCUGGCAUGAGCAAUGCUUGGGCCUGCUAUGCGAUGUGCGUGUGAGAUCAACAGUGGACGAAGUCAUCCGAAAGAGCAUCGAGCACUGGGGCGUCAUCGACAUCAUUGUGAACUGCACAGGAUACGGAGUAAUCGGCGCCUGCGAAGACCAAGACGACUUCGAUCUGCGAUCCCAAUUUGAAACGAACUUUCUGGGCACAUUAAACAUCAUACAGCUCUCUUUGCCGCAUCUACGAGAGCAGGCUGCGAAACGACAAGACGAGGAGAAUGCCGGUCGAUACAUUAUCUUCUCCUCAACCUCCGGAGCUCUCGGAGUGCCGGGUCUUGGACCGUAUUGCGCGACCAAGUAUGCCACGGAAGGUUUGAUUGAGAGCAUGCUGUAUGAGAUUGAUGCGUUUGGCAUCAAAGCUAGUCUGGUAGAACCGGGACACAUGCGCAUCGAUGAGCCCACCGGCCUGGAUGACAAAGCUGCAGAUGAAGGAUUGACGAUCAAGAAGUACGGCCACUUCUUGGUGAAAACGCCAUCAGCCCCAUACAACACGCCUACUGCACCUGCCGGACAUGCGCGACGCAUUGUGCAGUGGCUCUCUGACCGGCAACCGACGAGCGCUGUGAAGUCAUCUGAGCUAGUGUGGCAGCUGGGUCAUUGCAAGUAUCCUCCGUUACGCUUACUGCUCGGCACCUAUGCCGUCGAGAGUGUACGGGAUCGACUGAGAAGUGUCAUUGAGGAAAUUGAAGAUUGGAAGCAUCUACACUUCCCAAGCGCUGAGGAAGAGGCGAAAGGCAAGAAUGGGAAGGAGGACGACAAGACGGAGGAGAAGGAUGAGCAGGCCAAGGAUGACGAUGCGAUGGACAUUGCUGAAGACGGAGCCGAGAAGGACGAGGAGGAUGAAUCGUGAUACUGAGGUUGCGAUAUCUACUUGAUGCACAGUGGUGCCUGAGGCAGUCGUCCGUUCUUGGCAUUCACUCGCGUGCCUUACACGUAGAUUCUCGUACCUCCGUAGUUCGUUCCUUAAUCAACAUUGCAG